GACAAGACUUCUCGGAAAAGCCAUUUCAGACAAUAUCUCUUCUCGGAACACGGUUAAGCUUCGCUCAUACUUCAUCUAAGAUGGAGUCAUUCCUCGAGGAUCUAAAACUUCAAGUCCAGUGUUCACUGUGUAAUGRGACUAUGUUUGAACCUAAGUUGUUACAAUGUUUUCAUACUUUCUGUAAGACUUGUAUCAAGACAAAUGCACAACUUGAUGGUCAAGUCAACAUCUUCAAGUGUCCUCAAUGUACCUCGUUAACCGAGCUACAGGAACUCAACGAAGUAGAAGACUUAGAAAUCAGUCCCAUUCAUUCAAGAAUCCUUCAAGUGUUGUCAUUUAUUGAAAACCAGAAAGUUUGUUCGGUUUCUGCCAGUCAUAGCGAAGCAACGUUUCAAUGUCUCGACUGUGAUCGGUCGUUGUGUGACGAAUGUCUGAACARUCAUUCUAUAUUUAUCAAAGAUCACAGAGUUAUUUCAUUGUCUGAAAUGACAAAGGAAGACAUUCAAUCCAUGCUGAAAAAGGAAACUCAGUCUUGCAAAUCCCAUGUCAAUCAAGAUGUUAAAUUGCACUGCAGUGAUUGUAACGAGCUGAUCUGCCCGAUUUGCUGGAUAGAUCAUCAUCAUCACAGCCACAAGACUACAUCGCUACAGGAGUUCAUCGCUUCUCAGAAAGAUUCUGUGUCUAAAAACCUCGARGAAAUCGCGAAAAUGGACAUAAACGAGAAUGAGAAGAAAAAGCAAGAACAAAUUGCUGUUGACAUCAAACGUGACGGACAAAAAGCUCUUGAAGAAGUCAAGAGACUAACACAACAGCUGAAGAAAGAACUCGACGAUAACAAGGAAGAACUUUUGAAUACCAUCCAGAAGAGCAUAACGAAGGCCGACAGGAAUUUACGCAUAAUACGUCACUCCCCAGCAGCACAAGAAUACAUGAAAUACUUCAUUCAAAAUGGAACAGCAAGUGAAAUCAUUGCCCUCCGUUCAGACACGGAAUGUUUGAAAUCAUUCACAUGUACYUACAUUGCCUUUGAAAACGACUUGGGUGGGAUAAAAUUUCAUCCAAAUGAAGAACUUUGCGAGCAAGUAGAUUCUGGUGUAGGGGUGAUACAAUCUUUCAAAAGAGCAGACCCAAACAACAGCUCACUAGAAGCAAUAGGGGAAAAUGGGUUCGGCGAUCAGUCUCAUCGGCGAAAGUGGCGGAUACCGCCAUGAAGAAUGCAACUUUGAAAG